AUGGCUACUCAAAACUCUAAAGUGAAUAACAGUGAAGCGAUGAAACUAAAUUGCCUUUAUGAAGACUGAGAAGUUUGCCCAGCAAACUUAGAUUCUCAUAAGAAACCAUCUGAUGAACAAAAUACUUUCGAAAUUAGCAAUCUAAAAUGUGAACUAGAAAUAGCAAUUAAGGAAAGAGAUGAGUAUAAAGCUCUGCUAAAAGAAAUAGAGCAUAUCAGAACUGAGCGAAAUAGUUAUGAGGAUACUAUUAAUACAUUAAGAGAUGAGAAUGCUGGAUUAAAAAAAGCAAUUCGUAAUAUUAAAUCGGUUGAUACUGAUAUAGAGAAAAUGAAAAAAGAUUUUAAAAAUUUAAAAGAUGACCAAAAAAAUAAUUACAAUAGAUUUUUUAAGGAUUACGAAGACUUUAAAGCCAAAAUAGAUUUUGCUGUUAAAAGCACUCAAGAAAUCAUAAAGCAAUCAUCUGAGGAGGAAGAUAAAACUCGCGAUCAAAAAAUUAUUAGUUUGGAAGCCAAUGUGUAUUCUUUGGAAUAUUUAAAGGCUGAAGAAAUUGAAAAAAAUAAAAAAUUAAGCGAGAAGAUCGAAAAAUUGCAGAGAAUUAAUGGCAAAAAGGAUCAAGCAAUUUCUGAGUUAAGUCGUAAAAAUAAUGAAGUCCUGGCAAAAUUUAAGAGGCUCAAAAUUGAUUAUGAUAAUUUAUUUGAAGAGCAUUCAAACCUUAAGAAAAAGAAUAAUAUGUGAUGCAAUUAUUUAUUCCAAGGCAUCACAAAUUCUUUAGAUAAAAAAAAAUUAGACUCUCUUUAUUCAACUCCUGUGGGGCUUCCAAACAUAGGCCAGACUUGCUACUUAAAUUCGCUUCUUCAGGUCUUAGUUUACUCCCCUGAUUUUAUAAAGCUGACAUAUUUUUCAGCAAAUAGUCUCCUUCUUUCUAUAUCAAAGAUUGCUGACAAUAUAAAUGCAGGCAGCUUAGACAGCUGAUACCGUUCAUUUUACGAAGAAUUCAUCAGCAUGUUUCCACAAGUAAUUUUAAUAUAG